AUGAAGAAUACGUUUUCCAAAGCCGGAGCCGCGGCUCUGCUUGCUACUACGGCAAAUGCACAGCUCUACCCCAACCAAAGCCCCUUGAACCACACCUGCCAGCUACAAGAGCCACUCCUAUCUUGCCCUUCACAAGAUCCCUCAAACGUCGACUCUUGCUGCGUUGAGACCUUUGGUGGACUUGUGCUAAGCACUCAAUUUUGGAACACAUACACCGGCGGCGAGUCUGAAGGCCAACUUCUUCCCACCGACACAUGGACCCUCCAUGGUCUUUGGCCCGACUUCUGCAACGGCAGCUACACGCAAUAUUGCGACCUGAGCCGCCAAUACGACCCUAUCCCGGGACCGAACACUACAAACGGCCUACCAAAUGGAACGUUUGUCCCACCCUACAACGGAUCCAAUAUUGGAACCUUCCUCGAGCCCUUUGGCCGCUACGACCUACUAGAAUACAUGAACACCUACUGGAUCGCAUGGCAGCAAGACAACCCCGGUUUCUGGGGCCACGAGUUCUCCAAGCACGCCACCUGUUUCUCUACUUUCAAUGUUCCCUGCUACGGUCCGCAGUACCGCGAGCACGAAGAUGUUGUUGACUUCUUCGAGACGGCUAUCAAGUACUACAAGAGGUUCCCCACUUUCGAUUGGCUUGCCGCCGAGGGUAUCACGCCUUCCAACUCAACCACAUACUCGUACUCUGAUCUCGUGGAUGUGCUGUAUGAACAGCAUGGCGGAAUUCCUUUCCUGGGUUGCUCGGGACCCAGGUACAAUGCUACGGAGGCUGGAAAGAACACGACUGAUAGGGGCUACACUAUCUUGAGCGAGGUUUGGUACUACGAGCACGUCUACGGUCGUCCCCAAGAAGGCAACGCUAUUUCUGUUAAUGCGUCCGCUAGCUACCUUACCAACUGUGCUACUACGGAAGGCGCGAUUCACUACCCCGAGAGGACUAACGGAUCAGAGAAGGUUCCUACCGUUCCUUUCUAG